AUGAGUGACGAAAGAACCCAACCAUUCGAAUCAUUUAAUGCACUGUACAAAAUAUUAUCUUGGACUGGAUAUUUUCAACUAAUGAAAAAGCCUAAAAACAGAUGGAAAUGGAUUGGUCACGGGAUUUACCGUCUGCUGUCAUUUUUAAUUUCAAUCUUCUAUAAUGUAGAACAUUUAUUGUUUAUUGUACAGAAAAUCAAUAAUUUGGAUGACGUAUUCGAUAGUCUGAUGAUAGAGAUCCCACAGCUAAACUUAAUAGUGAAACAUCUCACUUUAAAUUUGCAAACAUCGAGGAUUGCUGAAAUUAACAAAGUGAUUAAUGAUCCCAUUUUUGAAGCCAAGAAUAAAAAAGACGAAGAGCAUUUAAUAAAGAACAACACAGACAUGCAUCAGCUAUCUAAAAUUAUGAACAUUUGUGUCUGCAUGUGUGGAUUGAUUUGGCCAGCUUCCCACUUUGUUAGGAGAUAUCAGGAUCAGAAUGCAGUAGUCCCUGUUUAUGCACCUUUUAGUACUGAUACCUGGGGCGGAUAUUCAAUUACAGUAGCAUUGGAAGUGGUCCCAUUGCUAUGGAUCGGUUACGGACAUUUGACUCUUGACUGUCUCAUUUCCGCUUACUACGCACAGACAGUAGUACAAUUGAAGAUAAUCAAGAACAAUUUACAAUGUUUAUUUGAUAUGGAUGUAGAUACAAGACAUAUGCGAUCUCGAUACAAGGACAUGAGUGAUCCAGAUUUAAAGAGACGCCUUGUAUAUUUUAUCCAACGAUUUGAUAAGCUUGCAUGGUAUACUAAAGAGAUAAAUAAAGUAUUUGCUCCAGCAGUCUCGUUUCAAUUCUUGACAUCUUCGCUUACUAUAUGUAUGAUAGUAAAUAGAUUGAGUUGUACGCCGAUAUUUUCGGUGCCAUUCAUUUUCAUGUUUGUGGUAUUACUGAUUAUAUCAAACCAAGUAUUCCUUUAUUGCUAUUUUGGUUCUUUAAUACAUUAUGAGAGUCAAUCAGUAGUAUAUUCAGUAUACCUGAGCGAUUGGUUAUCUGUCUCACCGUACUUUCGUCGUAUGCUCCUUGUGGCCAUGGUGCGCUGGUCGCGCACCCUUGAACCUACGGUAGCUGGAGUAAUACCGCUGUCACUCAUAAGUUUUUUUACGAUUCUGAAGUUUGCUUACAGCCUCUAUGCCAUAUUAGGAACAAGACAUUCUUAA